ACAGAAACCAGCACAGGAAUUAAUUUUUAAAACAAAAUAAAGCAAAGUGAUUAGACGAAAGGUUGAGUGGACAUUGGCAGAGACUUAUGGCGGUAUUAAACAAUUGGAAAGUUUACAGUAAAGACGGGUUGAUUUUCCUUUGUUUAUUAUUAUGGAGCUGCAGCCUGCUCGCCCCCUCAUUGGCCUCAUGCUUACGUCCUGAGCCAUGCACAGUAGAUGAAAGAUUCCAGCCUCUGACUUGUGAAUGUGUGCCCUGUCAAAAGGGUUACGUUCAACCAAGUGAAUUACACCGGAAUGAAUUUUGUAUUCCAUCACAAACUAGAGAUGCAGAACUAAACUCCGGGAACAUUUUAAAAAUUUGGUUUACAUCUUUCUCUAGGAUGAUGCCAUUUGUGAUCUCAGUCUUACACCUUUUCUCAGGGCUAUACUAAUGUGUUCUACUGUAUACAAAUUUGUGUCCACUCAAAGAUCAAGCUGUAGCCAAUUUUGUAUACAGACAAUAAAACUAACUUCAUUACAUUUUUAAAUGAUUCUAAUUAGUUUUCAUAUUGUCUGUACAAAUUUAAUAGCUUUUUUAAAAUUCUAUAAAAAUCAGCCUUUUAUACAUUGAAUUUUAAGUAUGCUGCCUGCAUAUUUAUUACUGCAAUUUUUUUUUAAAGGAAAAACUAUGCAUAGUACUAAGUACUAGAUGCCAGUAAUUUAUAACCUGUUUAAUUAAUGCUAUUAAAUAUUAAUAUAUUUGCAUUUCAUGAAGUCAAUUUAUUUUUUAUCUCAAAUGUACUUUUUGUUUGUUAUGUUGCUUUUUUAACUAUAAAAAUAAUGCAUUUCAAAAAGAAUAAUUAAGACAUUUCACAUGCGUUUAAAUGGUUUGCAUUUAGAAAACUUGUUACCUUUAAUGGAUUUUAAAAUAACAUGUUUAUGUUCUGUUUCAAAUUUUAGUACAGGCCAUAUAAAUCAAAGAAGCCACUAAAUAAAUGGCACUCUGAUGUAAUUAAAUUUGAAUUAUUUUCGAGCAUUUUGCAAGAGACAGUAUACAGUUGUUUUUUUUUAUUCAAAAUUUGCAUUUAACAUAUCUAGGCCUUGAUUUUUAAAAAAUAUUUCAAUGAUUUAAAUGCAUUUACAUUGAAAGUUAUGUUUCAUUGAGAAAAACAAAAUUGAUCUUGUUAAAGUUGUUUUAUAACGGAUUGUUUAACUUUACAAAUGUUCAAUCCAGUGAGAAUUUAUUAUGUACUUAUUGUGCAUAAUAGAGACUGUGAAUUUUCUAAUAUUUCUAAUUUUUACUCAAUUAUGACGGACAUGGAAUCUCUUGUUAUGAGUUCAGUCAAUUUUUCAAAAAUUAUUUUUUAAUUAUUUUUGUAAAUAAAAUAAAAUCUUUUAAUAUAUUUUAUUUUUUAUAAAAAUAAAACCAGCAUUACAAAUUGUUAACCAUUCAUUCUGUUUUCAUCUGACUUAUAAAAGUUGUAUUGGAAUGAAGUGAUUAAAAGUUUUCUUGCAGCAGAAAAAAUGUGUUCAGCUUAGUUGCUUAAAUCAGGAAGAUAAUAAAGUAUGAGGAAUGAUUAUUUUAGGCUGGUACCAACUUCAUAUAGAUGCAUGUUUUUACACUCAUAAAUUAAAAUAAAGUCUGAGAAAUAACUGAUAUAGAUGAUAAAACUAUUUAGUUUUAAUCUGCUUGGGAAGAGUAAUGUUUUGAAAAUGUAAUAUUUGACCAGUAAUAUUUUACUGCCUCAGUUGGUCAACAGAGGAAUCUGGUGUGCCUCAUUUGUUGGUGUAUAACUACAGUUAUUAAAAAGAAUACAUAAAGACUCUCAUCCACUGGGAAAGAGAUCGCCAGCUAAUGAAACUGUCGAUGAAUGUAUGGAC